GCCAGCUGCCACUUGCAGUAGUGGUGAUGCUGCUCCCUGGUGUGUAGAGGAGGAGAGAGAGCGUGUCCGCUGCCCAAUGACAGGGCAGGAUGCUGAGAGAGGCUGCUCGGGUGAAUGGAGGCGACACGAUGCCGUCUAAAGCGGUGAAGGAAAGGAAUUAACAUCGAUCAAGAUCUGAUUUUGAUGUGCUCCACCCUUUAGGGCAUGAAAUAAGUCACCCAUGUGCGGUACAAAGGGUCAGAGCAGUCUCAUUUCAGCACGCUCCCGUUAAGGACCCUCUGGUGGCUACGCCGCUGAUUCACAGGACAUGUACGGCAGUGCCAGAGCUGUAGGCCAUAUAGAGAGCAGCCCCGCACGGUCCCCGCGCCUGCCAAGGUCCCCCAGACUGGGCCAUCGGAGGGCCAACAGCGGGGGCGGGGGUGGUGCGGGGGGAAAAACGCUCUCCAUGGAGAACAUCCAGUCACUCAACGCUGCCUAUGCUACUUCCGGGCCCAUGUACCUGAGUGACCACGAAGGUGUGGGCUCCACUGCCACCUACCCAAAAAGCACUAUGACUCUGGGUCGCGCCACCAACCGGGCCAUGUAUGGGGGCCGCGUCACAGCCAUGGGCAGCAGUCCAAAUAUUGCUUCAGUGGGGCUGCCCCAUGGUGACCUUCUGUCUUACAGUGACCUGGGCUCCCUCUCCAUGCUGCACCACCACCACCACCACCAGGGCGUGCCCUCCGCACUGCUGAGGCAGGCGGUGCGGGGCAGUGGGGGGGAGCUGCUGGAGAUGCAGGUCCAGCUCAGGGAUAUGCAGAGGGAGAAUGAGCUGCUGCGCCGGGAGCUUGACUUGAAGGACAGCAAGUUGGGAUCUUCCACAAACAGCAUCAAGAGCUUCUGGAGUCCUGAGCUGAAAAAGGAGAGGAUAAUGAGAAAAGAAGAGGCAGCUCGCACAUCAAUCCUUAAAGAGCAGAUGAGAGUCACUCAUGAGGAGAAUCAGCAUCUCCAGAUGACCAUCCAGGCUCUGCAAGAUGAGCUGCGAACACAGCGAGACCUAAACCACCUGCUGCAGCAGGAGGGCGGCAACCGCUCUGCUUCGGACCACUUCACCACUAUUGAGCUGACGGAGGAGAACUUCCGUCGGCUGCAAGCCGAACACGACAGGCAGGCCAAGGAGCUCUUCUUGCUGAGAAAGACCCUUGAGGAGAUGGAGCUGAGGAUCGAGACCCAGAAACAGACACUAGGUGCCAGGGAUGAGUCCAUUAAGAAGCUGCUGGAAAUGCUGCAGAGUAAAGGGCUGCCCCCCGGGCCGGGCAGGGUGUCUGAGGAGGAGGAGCAGGAGAGAGCCAGGCGCAUUGCUGAGGCAGAGGCCCAGCUUGGACACUUGGAGGUCAUUCUGGAUCAAAAGGAGAAGGAGAACAUCCAUCUGCGAGAGGAACUGCACAGAAGAAAUCAGCUGCAUCAGGAUCCAAGCAAAACUAAGGCCCUGCAGACCAUCAUAGAAAUGAAAGACACCAAAAUUGCCUCUCUGGAGCGCAACAUUCGGGAUCUGGAGGAUGAGAUCCAAAUGCUGAAGGCGAACGGCUUACUGAACACGGAGGACAGAGAGGAGGAGAUCAAACAGAUGGAGGUCUAUAAGAACCACUCUAAGUUUAUGAAGAACAAGAUUGACCAGCUGAAGCAGGAGUUGUCAAAGAAGGAGUCAGAGCUGCUGGCUCUGCAGACAAAACUAGAGACCCUCAACAACCAGAACUCCGACUGCAAACAGCAUAUUGAGGUGCUCAAAGAGUCUCUCACUGCCAAGGAGCAACGUGCUGCCAUCCUUCAAACAGAGGUGGAUGCUCUACGUCUGCGACUGGAGGAGAAAGAAUCCUUCCUAAACAAGAAAACCAAGCAGCUGCAGGACUUGACGGAAGAGAAGGGCACUCUCGCUGGAGAAAUCAGGGACAUGAAGGACAUGCUGGAGGUCAAAGAAAGGAAGAUCAAUGUCCUGCAGAAGAAGAUUGAGAACCUGCAGGAGCAGCUGCGGGACAAGGACAAGCAACUUGGGAACCUGAAGGAUAGGGUUAAGUCUCUGCAGACCGACUCCAGUAACACAGACACUGCCCUGGCCACCCUGGAGGAGGCUCUGUCAGAGAAGGAGAGGAUAAUAGAGCGUUUAAAGGCAAGGGAAAGGGAAGACAGAGAACGUCUUGAAGAAGUGGAGUCCUAUAAGAAGGACAACAAGGACCUGAAGGAGAAGGUCAACAGCCUGCAGAUAGAAUUAACAGAGAAAGAGUCCAGUCUCAUCGAUUUAAAAGAACAUGCUUCCUCCCUGGCAUCCUCUGGCCUCAAGAAGGAUUCAAAGCUCAAGUCACUGGAGAUCGCCAUUGAGCAAAAAAAAGAGGAGUGUAGUAAGUUGGAGACGCAGUUGCAGAAGGCCCAUGAGGUGGAGCUGCAGUCCGGCCCCAGAGGGAACCCGGAGUACGUGGACCGAGUGAAGUUGCUGGAGAAGGAGGUGAGCUACUACAAGGACGAGGCCAACAAGGCUCAGACGGAGGUGGAGAGACUCCUGGACAUCCUGCGAGAGGUGGAGACCGAAAAGAAUGACAAGGACAAGAAGAUCGCUGAGUUGGAAAGACAAGGAGGCAAAGACCUGACUAAGAAGGGUCCAAAUAUCAAACUGGGACCACAAGGCGAAAAGAAAGGCUUAGGACAAGACCCUCGUAAGGACAGCUCCAUGGACAGUGGCCACCACGUAAAGUUGGAAGAGCUGAUGAACACGCUGGAAAGGACAAGGCAGGAGCUGGAUUCCACCAAGCAGCGUCUCUCCUCCACACAGCAGUCGCUGCAGGAGAGGGACGGCCACCUCACCAACAUGAGACAGGAGCGCAGGAAACAGCUGGAGGAGAUACUGGAGAUGAAGCAACAAGCUCUGCUGGCAGCCAUCAGUGAGAAAGAUGCUAAUAUUGCACUGCUGGAACUGUCGGCCUCCAAUAAAAAGAAGACCCAGGAGGAGGUGCUGGCCCUCAAGAGGGAGCGGGACAAACUGAUGCACCAGCUCAAACAACACACACAAAGCAGAAUGAAGCUGAUAGCCGACAACUACGAAGAUGAGCAAUAUCAUCCACACGGUCCUCACCACUCCCAGCCUCAGCCUCCGCAUGCUCAGCCUCAACCUCAGCCCCAGCCCCAGCCCCAGCCCCAGCCCCAGCCCCAGCCCCAGCCGCACACCCACAGCACCCGCAGCACCCACAGGCCCCCCAACAGCACCCACACCCACAGCAGCCACAACCCCAGUACCCUCACCCACAGCACCCCCAGCAGCACGCUCAGCACCCCCAACCACCUCCCCAGCACCAACAGCACCCACGGCCCCCACAGCCCCAACACCCUCACCAACAGCACCCGCAGCAUCCUCCACAGCACCCACAUGCACAUCCCCCUCCGCAACACCCUCACCCUCAGCACCCACACGGCGCUCCCCAACAAGGACCCCACCCCCAACAUCCACAUCCCCAGCACCCUCAACACCCUCAACACCCUCAGCACCCUCAGCACCCACAGCACCCGCACCAUGGCCAACAUCCACGUCACCCAUCGCCCCAUCAUCGUGGAGGGCCGGCCAGAGGGCCCCCACAUGGUGGUCACCGCCCUGCCCAGGACCAGGAUGACGAUGAGGGCAUUUGGGCAUAAUCUUCGCUGUGACAACCAAAGCUCUAAUAUUGUUUUGAGGGAUGAUUCAGUCACUACAGGAGGAGCACAGCCAUGCCAUGAUGUUGAAACACUACAAUACCCGGGCAAACAUAUAUUACCUCCACUCAAUCAACACUCAGCAAUGGGACCUUUAGUUUAUUUUCCGGGGGAAAGGAGGGUGCACUCAGGUGUCCAGGUCUUGCGGGGAGACUGACAGCUGAGCAGGAUCACAGAUACGGGACUUAAUUGGAAGGAAAGGGACAGAUGUUGAUGCCGAUGGAGAGACAGAUGUAUCAGAUUCUUGCUUGGACAGGGAAUGCGAUCAACAAGGCAGCCCUGCAUCAGAGCUCUCACACAGGAAACUUCAACUGUCUGUCACCAGCUCAACACUGCACCUCUUCAGGCCAACAAUGCCCUCUUGAUCCUCCCAGCAGAGAUCUCCCGACAGUCUGCCAGCCCAGUAUUUGUUCCUCUUCCUUCUUCCAGUAAUUGAUUCAAGAUCAUGGUUGUCUUGCUAUAUGUCUCAUCUGCCUGACUGACUCCUCUGGCUGUGUUUUGGCCCC